UCAUGUAAGACUAAAACAAGGAUAUGAUUCAGAGCUUAAUUCGGUUCGCCUUGUAGUGUCAUUUUUUUAAUAUGUUUGCUGGUAUUUCUGGAAAUCAGCCCUCUCCUCAAGCCAUGAGGCCAGAGCUGUUUGAGGAAGUGAAGCUGUACAAGAAUGCUCGUGAGAGGGAAACAUAUGACAACAUGGCAGAUCUAUUUUCUAUUAUCAACACCUUGCAAUGUCUGGAGAAAGCUUACAUCAGAGAUGUAGUAACACCAAGAGAAUACACUGCAGCAUGUUCUAAGUUACUGGUUCAGUACAAGGCUGCCUUCAAGCUUGUGCAGUCAGCUGAGUAUCCAACAGUAGAAGCUUUCAUGAAAAAAUUCAGGCUGGAUUGUCCUGCUGCGCUUGAGAGAAUAAAAGAGGGCAGACCAAUCACUAUCAAGGAUGAUAAAGGCAAUACAAGUAAAGCUAUUGCAGACACAGUCUCACUCUUUAUAACAAUUAUGGACAAGCUCAGAUUACAGAUCAGAGCAAUGGAUGAGAUUCAUCCAGAUCUGAGAGACUUGAUGGAUACUAUGAACAGCCUUAGUGCACUCCCUGAGGAUUUUGAGGGAAAAAUCAAAGUGAAUGGCUGGUAUGAAACACUAAGCAGUAUGAAAGCAAGUGAUGAACUUACUGAUGAACAGGUCCGACAGAUGUUGUUUGAUUUAGAACAAGCAUAUAAUGCAUUUAACAGAUCUCUUCAGCAUACCUAGGCAGGGAGGAGUUAGUACAGUGCUAAAAAUCUGUGUGAUCUUAUGACAAAUGUAAACAUCUUUGCAGUCACUAAGUAUGGUCUGCAUGGAUCAGUCUCAAGAACAGUCUUCUCCCUAAACAUGAGUUGUAGUCUUCAACACUUUUCUGGGAAAUUCAAAUUUAACUGUGAAAUAGUGCAAUCUAGAUGUGAUCUUUGACACUUAAUUUGGGCUAUGCUUCAAGCGCAAAGAAAAACUCCUUCCUCUGUGAUUUUGAAUUAAAUUAAAUAUGAUCAUUUGUGAAUAAACAUGAUUGCAAUCUUU